CACUAAUUGUGAUCGGUUUCUGAUCAGAUCAACACCGACACGCACCCGUCUUUGAUAGUUUUUUGUUUUUCCGGAAGGAAGCAAAGAAGAAGACGCGACUCCUUGGUAAAGAGAAAGAAUUGAAAUUAUGAGUUCUUCUUCAGAGAGUGGGGAAAACGAGUGCAUGUGUUGGGCUGCAAGAGAUCCAUCUGGUCUUCUUUCUCCCCACACAAUCACGCGCAGGUCUGUUACAAAUGACGAUGUUUCACUCAAAAUCACACAUUGCGGUGUGUGUUACGCUGAUGUUAUUUGGACUAAGAACCAACAUGGAGACUCCAAGUACCCUUUGGUUCCUGGGCAUGAGAUUGCUGGAAUAGUGACUAAGGUUGGGUCUAAUGUUCAUCGAUUCAAAGUUGGAGACCAUGUUGGUGUUGGAACCUAUGUUAACUCCUGCAGGGAGUGUGAAUACUGUAACGAAGGACAAGAAGUUAAUUGUGCAAAAGGGCAAGUUUUUACUUUCAAUGGCAUUGAUCAUGAUGGCUCUGUUACUAAAGGAGGCUACUCCAGUCACAUUGUUGUUCAUGAGAGGUACUGUUACAACAUACCUGUAGACUAUCCCCUGGAAUCAGCUGCACCAUUACUCUGUGCUGGAAUCACGGUUUAUGCCCCUAUGAUGCGUCACCAUAUGAAUCAACCUGGUAAAUCUCUAGGGGUAAUUGGACUAGGUGGUCUUGGCCACAUGGCAGUUAAGUUUGGCAAGGCUUUUGGACUCAGUGUGACGGUUUUUAGCACCAGCAUUUCCAAGAAAGAAGAAGCUUUGAGUCUGCUGGGAGCUAACAAUUUUGUUAUCUCGUCUGACCAUGACCAGAUGAAGGCGCUAGAGAAAUCUCUAGACUUUAUCAUUGAUACAGCAUCUGGUGAUCAUGCCUUUGAUCCUUACAUGUCUCUCUUGAAGAUAGCUGGAACUUAUGUCCUGGUUGGUUUCCCACGUGAAAUUAAAAUCAGUCCUGCCAAUCUCAAUCUUGGUAUGAGAAUGCUGGCGGGAAGUGUAACCGGAGGUACCAAAAUAACUCAGGAAAUGAUAGAUUUCUGUGCAGCUCAUAAGAUUUAUCCAAACAUAGAGGUGAUUCCAAUUCAAAAGGUAAACGAAGCUCUUGAAAGAGUGGUGAAGAAGGACAUCAAGUACCGUUUCGUGAUUGAUAUCAAGAAUUCUCUGAAAUAGAGAUACGUCACUCAUGUAUCUCUAAAAGUCUAUAAACCUUAUAACUGAUACUAGAAAACUCAUUACAACAGGUACAAAAUAAUGGAGUCUGUAAGAGAAUAAUACUCACUGGCCACUGCUACAAUCGUGUUAUUUGUUCUUUUGUUCUGUUUUUGAUUGUUUACAAAGAGUUACGGAGUGAAAAACUAAGACGCAAGAAAUAAAGGGGUCAUUUCAUAAUUAUA